AUGCUCGUCAUGAUCUUGUAUCUGUGCUUGACGUUGUGGGCUCAUUGUGAUCCUUUUGACAUGGGGUGCACUCCUGCGAUUUACGAAGUAUUCACGACGCGUGGGUUCUUAUCGCUUAUUUGUAUGCUUCAAAUCACAGCAAAAGGACCUGGACCAGGUGGCUGGCCCGGAUGUGGGCCGCCGCCACGGAGUUCAAACCUUUCGGAAUCACCGUUACCAUCUAGGCCGCCUAGCGUAGGAAAUGUUCCCAACACCUUUUUUGUUCCGGGUCCUGCUCGGGUCCCCGAGUCACCUGCAAGAAGCGUUUUGUCUUCGCUGCUCCAUCCCACUUUGCAUGUGAUCGUGGAAUACGCACCCGGAAACAGGGAUGACUUGGAAUUGUACAACGAAUUGCGCUCGGAAAUCACGCGGAAAUGCCCUGGAUCGUUGAUCGAAGGAUUCGCCGAUGCUUUCGAAGUUUAUGUCAACGGGAGGCACAGAGCGCAUUCUAAAAUUGACACCAGAAGUACACCUGUGAUCAAAACGCUCGCUGACGACAUUUGCCGCGCGUACUGCAAGGAUUCUUCGCGUCAACUAACCUUCAUGGGGAUUUCACCUCGCCAUGGCGCAGGAGAAGUGCAGGAAAUAACAGAUCAACCCGCGGGAAACCGGAAGGAAAACGAUGGAAAAAGACACAAGGGAGGCGAAGACGAGACCUGAUGGUGCUGUUGCUGUUGUUCAGUCGGAUGACGCACAGCAGUAUCUGAACGCAUGAUAUAUGACGCUGGAUUCGCGAAAGGAAUUUUCAUUUCUGUUUUCGAAAGAGAUGACCAGUGAAUCUGCUGAUGCUUUUCGUAGAUAAAGUUUGAACUUGCUGGAAA